AUGGGAGAAUCAAUAAGGAUUAUAACGGCUACGCUCACGACCACUAUUGCCGACACGUUUUCCGCCGCUAGAAGAGCUGCUGCCACUGCUCCGCCCCCGACCGCCGCCACUUUGAGGUGGCGGAAGCAUAUUGAGAUGGCAGUUAGAAGAGAGAUCGGGCAUAUAAGGUAUCGAUUGACAUUGUCCCUCAAUGCAAAUUUGUCGUGUUUGAUUACGGUGAAAGCCCACCAAGAUACACCUCUGAACCAUGUGGAGGAAGCGCAAGAAGCUCUGCGUGUUUCUUUUCCAACUCCUCAUCAGCUUCAGCACUUCCAAUGUCAUCAUCACUAUCAAGCUCCUUUCGCGCAUCUUGUCUAUGAACAUCAUCUUCCUCUUCCUCCUCUUCCUCCAUCUCUUCAACUUCUUCCUCUUCUUCCUCUUCAACUUCUUCCUCUACUUCUUCAUACUCAACCUCUUCCUCUAAGGUCUCCUCCAUGUCAUAUGAACCGAGCUCAAUACGUUCUUCAGCUUCGGCAGACUUAG